AGAACGAUAAUUCUGAAAAAGCGAGAACUGCACCAGAGCGAAAAAAAGAACCUAGUAGUACAACCCCGGAUAUUACAGGACCUGCUGGACUAGGUACUAGUUCUAUUUCAUCACUACCUGGAGCGGACACAAGAACGUUGUCACCAAAGGAGGCCCGCGAGCAGAUGUCAGGAGCUCUAGGGAGUCUCACAAAGACUCUCGGCACUUCUUACGAUCUGCUGCCUUAUGGAAGCGCGCUAACAGGCGUUGCGACUCUUCCCG